GAUUCAUAACUCUAUUCAUAACAAAAUCCUUCAACUUGAGCUCAAAAGCUUUUCCUUCUUUUCAGCCAGUGGUCCUAGGGUAGAAAGAUAUAUUGUAUAUAAAUUUCUGUCACAUUUUCCUCCUCUUCCACGCUUCCUUCAAUGGCUGCCUCCACCGACAAGGACGAUAGAGGCAAAGGUACCCCGUCAAUGGAGGAAAGGAGCUUUGAGUGUAACAUUUGCUUUGAUACAGCGACAAAUGCCGUCGUCAGUAUGUGUGGACAUCUCUUCUGCUGGCCAUGUAUUCACACAUGGAUGGAGGCUCGUCCACAAGACACUCCUACCUGUCCGGUGUGUAAAUCCGUCAUAGACAAAGAAAAGCUUAUUCCGCUGUAUGGGCGUGGCUCUGAUCAAAAGGAUCCUCGAGAGUCCCUUCCUCCGAGACCUGCUGGACAAAGAGAGGAAGCACCUGAAGAUAAUAACAAUACAGGCUAUUUUGGUGAUGGCAUGUUUAAUGGGAUCAACGUCUCUUUUGGUGUCGGGGGAUUCCCUUUUGGAUUUGGACUAGGACCUGCAUUCACCAUACAGACUGGUCGUAUGGGAGGACAGCAUCACAAUGUCAACAUUGGUCAUCGUGGUAACAGAAUGCAUCAUGGAAGAAGAGGAGGCCAAGAAGAGGAACAGAGAAAGACAAUGGCAAGAUUAUUGUUGACUUUUGCCAUCCUUUUUAUCAUUAUGAUCAUCUUCACAUAAUUACUACAUGAAUUCCCUCUCUCUCUCUCUCCCUCUUUAUUCUUAUUAUAAUAUAUUAAUACUGUAUUAUUAUUACUAUUGUUAUAUUUCUAUAGUAUAAUGUUACUUUGUGUCUGAUUAUUCCAUUCAAACUUGUUCUUUACAUUGAA